AUGCGUAUAAAUUUCGCGAUCAGUUCGCUCAAAUUAACUGGUUUAAGAUGUCCUAUUUAUGCUACAACUAGUCAUUUUCAUAUUCAAGCACACAACUCGACCAAACUACUUGCAGCUUCUCAAAUUUAUGAUGUAAAAUGUAAGGAGCAAAGUUUUUUUAAAUCGUAAUGUUCAAAUUGUUUCAAUUUCAGCUGUUCGAUAUAUCAGAUCGCGUGUAAAUAAUGAAUCUGGAGAACACCACAAAAACAAUGAAGAUGGACAAGAGAAUAAGGAAAAAGAAACUGGAAAGGAAGGCGAACCAAAGAAAGUAGAUCCAGAAUUGAGUAAGUGAAACAAAAUUUUUCGAAAACAUAUGAAAAUGGAAUAGUCAGGAAGCUGAGAAUGUAUGUAUUGGCUGUUGCUGGUUUAUCAUUUGUUUCCUCAUUCUUCCUUCUCUCACAAAUGUUCACCGGCGAUCGAAAUAUUGUUGAAGGUGUUAACAAUGAAGAUUUCACUCGGCCAGGAAUUCCAUUCAAGAAAUUCAUUGAUAGUUAUUUGAAACAUGGAGAAGUUAAACGAAUUGUUUUUCUGCCAGCAAAUCAAAGAGCAGUUGCUAUUCUACAUCAAGGAGCAUUUAUUGAUGGAAAACCGGUAAGCUUGGGUAGCAAAUUCAGUUUAUUUUUUUUCAUAAUAAAAAUAUAUAGAGUGGCGAGCAAUCUGUGGUUAUUGAAUAUCAACAAAAUGCACAACAAUUCUGGGCGGAUAUAAGAAAAUCAGAAGGAGAAUUGGGUAUUGGAUUGUCGCAAGGUGUUCAAAUCGAUUUGUAUCAAGGCAUGACCACAUUCAAGUGAGUGCAGAAUUUAAUUUCACCUGUUUUCAACGGAAUUGUCUGAAAAAAUAUAAUUGAAAUGUCGAAAAUAACAAAAUGAUCAAUGAUCGCUUCUCGGAACUUAGAAAAUUGUUUUUAACCUUCUCAAAAAAUCAUCUCCUAAUUAGACACCCUCGCCCUUUCCAAAAACACACAAGUCUCCUCAAAAAAGGGCAAACGUGCUCUAAUGUACAAAAAGUGUUGUUGUUGUCAUGCCAAUUCAUUUUAUUUUCCAGGGUAAUCGAACUCAUUAUUGGUGUUGUGAUUUUGGCAUGGCUUGGAACACAAUACGGUCGAUUGCUUCGACAAAGAUUACUUCAGAAUAAACAACAGAAUCAGAAGAAAUAG